UUGUUUAGGGUUCAGGGUUUGAUCAUAUUUAGGUAUACGGAAUUCUUGAAGCCAACCGACACCAGUCAGAUUUUUAACAAGGUACCUUCUUCUGCAUCAUCGUGUGACGCCUUUGUCGUACUGUUCAGUUCUCGGCGACUGAUCUCCGAGGAGAAGCAGGACACCUCGGCGUUUUAUUCGGUCAGCCGGUACUUUCCGCCUUACCUCGGCAUGAUUGACGCUUUCGCUGUUUAA